AGUAAAAUGGGUAUGCAAGACUGAAAAAUGCUGAAAUGUCUGCCACCGAUACAUGUAACAACGGUGACUUCCUCAUCCAUUGUUGCGGAAAUUAAAAUUGUCUUCCCAUUUUCUCCACCAUGAAGGACACCAAUACAACAAUCACCACCAACGGUGAGCAGCCAACAGUCUGGAAGCCCCAGCUGCGAGACAAGUCAGUGGUGGACAAGCUGUUUUCCAGCAAGGAGGAACGCCAUUUCAUCAUUCCACACAUUCACAAAAUCCUUGGAGUCUCCUGUCUUGUGUCGUUCGCCUAUCGAUAUGCUCAUUUGGGAGCAACCGAUGGAAACUUUGGACCCAACUUUGGAACUCUCUGCUUCAUUUUACUUCAUUUUUCCCUCCAUGCUAGUAGCUUCAUCUUUGAUAUUCCCAAGAAACGAAUCCGAGAAGGAUAUCGGAUUUGGCCAGAAUUUAGAUGGCAUGCCAUGGGCUUUACUUCCAGAUCACUGGCAUUUAUGCUACUCAUGUGGCAAGAACAAAUGAAUGGCAUUUCUCAUCGCUUUCCUCACAAAUCCGAGGGAUGCUACCAAGAAAUGGAUCUUGUCAUUGUACUAGCUACCUGUGCCUUUGCCGAUUUCGGAUCCACCAUCGAACACCAUUCCAACACUAUUCGAGGUGUCACAUUUACCGAUCCAUUUGAGCAAUGGUAUGCGUCUGAAGUGCAAAUCUAUUUGACAGCUUAUUGCAUUGUCGGGUACCGACGGUACACGCUACAUUUGUUGGCAAUCAGUAUCAUCCAGUGCAAUGCCUUCAUGAUGACCAUGCGUCGCAAAAAUGUAGCUUCACAAACUGUAUUGACCGCCAUCUACAGUCUGAUGCUCGUGGGUGCCUUGGUGGGACUCACAUACGAUGACCGAUUCAGCCAUCGAACCGGUGUUGGGGCUACAUUUGGAGGAGUGGCGUCCAUUUUGCGCCUGGGCUGUGGGGUCAACAAGUAUCUCCUAUGGACGGUACUGUGGUGUGUCUGGUAUUACAUCCGCACGAAUCAGCUGUUGCCCUAUUUCAACACUUGGUUUUGGCUCAACGGUAUGAUCAUUACAUUGCUUAUAAGCACCAUUUUGGGAUUCAUCAAGCGAUCCAGAGCUCCCAAGGAGAGCCGGAGUUCUGUGGUUGCCUUUGUGGCAUUUGCAGUUCAUGCUGGCCUUUUGGGUUAUCUGUAUUGGAUGAACUUUGUUCGCCCCAGAUAAAGAAGAAAGAAGAAGCCUAUCAUGAUGAUGUUCAGGUCUUGUGAGCCAAUCUGCAAUACCCUAUUAAUCAGCGGGAAUAGUGAAUGAUCCGGUGAACAAUAGUGAUGUUUCAGAGGUUUGCAUCUGCGUGGCUAGAGAAAAUGGAUUCGAUGCGAGACUGGGAAAAUUGGCCUCCCAAUAGUCAACUCCGCAAUGUACAGAUAUCUUUCAUUGUCAUUGGAUUGCUGGUGUUGUCUCUCGCAUCUACUAGCCCGCAUCUUGUAAAUAUUAUAGUGGCAUGGAUCUUGGACCAGAUCCAAGUGGCUGUCGUCUGGCGUCUAGCUAGCUGGCCGCUAGCUAGCUUGAUGGAUCUUUGCAGGCUUUUACAACAUCCAUAUACGUAGCUUGUUGCGGUACCGUAUCUGAGCCCCCCUUCUCCUCUGCCUUCCCUCUGGUCCCCUAUCUCAUCAAGUUCCAUCAUGUUCCGCUCCAAUGAUCAUCAUCUUCUCUGUGUCAUUGAGAUCGAGUUGCUGAUGAGAGGUGCUCGAAGAAGGCUAGCAAAACCGCAAGUAGAAAGCCAGCAAAGCAUUAAAACGGAUUGCUUGUACCAAUGCCAUGGGGAUUAACGGUGCUCGAUGCAAUAAAUCUUGAGGUCGAUUGAAGGAUGACUGCAAAAAUCGGAACAUGACACUGUCUCAUGGAGGUGGAGCCCUUAAUUCUCAGAGUAUGGAUGUUUCUGUACAAUGAAUGCAUUUCUGAUUCCCAUCACGAUUACGGUUCUAUAAGAGUCGUUUAUCUUUGGGUUCACGUUCCUAAGUCAACAGAUUAACAAUUAAGUCCUUCAGAACAGAAUGAAUGGUGAGAUCCUUGGAAAGGGAAAUCGGAAGUGUAGCAGUCGCGGCAACAUAAAGCCGGGUUAAGCUCAACUUCCCGGAAGUGCUUGUGCCCCUUUCCCCAUGUAUGUUUCUUCCUUCUUGAAUGCUUUUCUCGU